AUGUAUGGAUUAGUGGAGUUUUUGAGUGUAAAUUGCGACGAGUUGAGUUUUGUACAAGAUUACAUUCAAGAGGAUUAUAGUGAACAAAUCAACAGACAGUUUUCAGAUAUUCCAUAUGUUAUGACACUGCUCAAUUGUCUUCUUUCAACUUGGUAUGGUCUUCCUUUUGUGUCUCCACACAACAUACUAGUAUCAAUAAUAAAUGGCACUGGAGCAGUAAUUGAAAUCAUAUAUGUUUUGAUAUUCAUCCUAUUUGCACCUAAGAAAGAAAAGAUCAAAAUCUUUGGCCUAUUCACGGUGGUACUCUCCGUGUUCUCUGUUGUUGUUUUCGUGUCACUUUUUGCCUUACACGACACAUAUAGGAAGAUGUUCUGUGGCUUCGCUGCGGUCAUAUUUUUAGUGAUUAUGUAUGGUUCUCCUCUCUCAAUUAUGAGUUUAGUAAUCAAAAGAAAAAGUGUGGAAUUUAUGCCAUUCUUCUUGUCAGUGUUUGUGUUUCUUUGCGACACUUCUUGGUUUAUCUUUGGUCUAUUAGGUCAUGACCCAUUUAUUGCUUUCGUUACAACUGUUGCAUGUGGGGUUGAAGGCCAUGGAUCCGCUGGGUUAGUGGUGGAAUCAUCUGAGCCUUUGAACUCAGAAGGAAGCAGAGUGAAGGUGUUGGUGGGAACUGGGCUAUGA